GCUCAACAUUAACAGGCCCAAAAAAAAAGGAAUGAGCGGGUGGACACGCGACAAGGCCUUGAAGAACUCAUCUCCCUCUUAUCCUCACUCACCGCUAGCAAACGCAGCAAUGGCGCUGAACCUAACAAAUUCCUUCCUUCAACUUCAACGGCCAAGUUCCCUGGCCGUCGCACCGCCAAAGAACAAGGAAUCUGGAGCAAGAACUCACCGGCCGGUGGUGACGUGCCGGAAAAAGGAUCUGCACCCUCAAUUUUACGAGGAUUCUAAGGUUUAUUGCAACGGAGAACUGGUGAUGACGACCGGUGGAACCCAGAAAGAGUACUCCGUGGAUGUGUGGUCGGGAAAUCAUCCGUUCUAUUUGGGCAGCCGAUCCGCCUUACUCGUCGACGCCGACCAGGUGGAGAAAUUCCGCAAGAAAUUCGGAGAGCUGUCGCAGUUGAUGGAGAUUCCUGUCCUUAAGGGAGAAAUCGUUCUGCCCACAAAGAAAAAAUCCGGCAAAGGGAAGAAGAAGUAGUAGAAGACGGUGAAGAGUUCGAUUGGCUGCAUUGCAUUUGCCUUGCUAAUUCCAAUUGCUCAAUCUGUUGAUGAAGAAGUUUAUGGGUCAAUCGAUAAGUGUUUGGUGGUGAGAAAAUUCAUCAAGGAAAGGAAAGUUUGAAAAAUUAGUAACUGACGACAGAACAUACAAAUUCUUCAAGCUUUUGGGCACUUCACGGAUUACGGUACUCUUUGUAUUUCUUUAGUGCAGGUGAAUUGCUUGUUUUUGAAUUUUGCUUCUAUGGAUCUUUAGGUAAUGAGAGGAUCUCCUAGUUUUAGAA